UUUACAUCAGCUGUUGUGUCAGGGCGUAAGGCAAGGCAAAAGCAAAAGUUUUUUUUGUCAUUUCAGCACACAAGUUUAUAAUUUAAUAUUAAUAAAUCAUGUCCAUGUCUUUGGUAAUGCGUGGCGCUCUCCGGUGCAAUGCCGCAAAUCUCGUAAAAUCGGCGCGCAUCACGCCAUUGAAUGCAUACUCCACAAUUGUUGCCAAUUCGCAACGUCAGGCUUUGGUUAAACCGCUAGCUCUGGCCAAGAAUGUGACACCCGUCUCUCUGAUGAGUGCUCCUUGCCGCAUGGCCUCAUCGAGCUCCAGCCACACCGCAUUGUGGACUCUGGAACGUUUUGUGUCCGCAGGACUUUUGGCUGUUAUUCCAGCUGCCUUCCUGGCUCCUUCCCAGGUUUUGGAUGCCCUAAUGGCCAUAUCUGUGGUAAUACACACACAUUGGGGUGUGGAGGCUAUGGUUGUUGACUACUUACGUCCACAAGUAGUGGGCAAUGUUGUGUCCAAGGGAGCCCACGCCGCCCUGAUUGUUCUGUCAGUAGCAACAUUGGGCGGUCUCUUCUAUUUCAUCAAGAAUGAUGUGGGACUAGCCAAUGGCAUUAAGCGUUUCUGGGCCAUCAAGGGCAAGGACAGCAGCCAGCAGAAUUAAGCCAAUAUAUGUCUCCAACAGCGAUCCCAGUUAUAUAUUUAUUCAUCAGAUUAGAUGUGAAGCUAAGCAGUAAACUAAUAAAAAACGAACAGAAAAUUGUAUAAA